AUGGCGACUUCGUCACUCCCGUUCAGCCUCCUCGCGCCGGCGUACAGCUUUGUCGCCAGCCGCCGGAUCACCCUCGCCGCUUUCCCUUUCUCGGCCACAGCCGCACUGCGCGUCACUGCGUGGCUCUCCUCCUUCACUGUCACCACCACCCACCACCAAACCCUGCUUCUCUACGCCAGCCGCCUCACUCUGCUCGCUGCCAUUGUCGCACUACUCCUCUACAUCACAUCAAGAAGGCUGCGCCAGCGCCCAGUGUACCUGGUGGACUACGCGUGCUUCCGUCCGCCGGCUUCCCUCCGCGUGCCGCUCGCCAAGUACGUCGAGCACGCCGAGCUCGCGCCGUGCUUCGACGCCAAGAGCGUCGGCUUCCAGUCCCGCCUCAUCGAGCGCUCCGGCUUCGGCGAGGAGACGUGCCUCCCGCCGGCCCUCCACCUCAUCCCUCCGGAGAAGACGCUGAAUGCCGCCCGCGCCGAGGCCCAGCGGGGCAUCUUCUCCGCGGUCGACGCCGUCCUCGCCAAGACCGGCGUCCGUACUCAGGACAUCGGGGUGGUGGUGGUGAACUGCACCCUGUUCUCCACGACGCCGUGCAUGGCCGACAUGGUGGUGCACAGGUACGGGCUCCGCAGCGACGUCCGGUGCUUCAACCUCUCCGGGAUGGGGUGCAGCGCCGGGAUCACCGGCGUCGGCCUCGCGCAGAACAUCCUCCUGCAGCGCGGAGGAGACGACGCGGCGUACGCGCUGGUGGUGUCCACGGAGAUCCUCACCUCCGACUACUACUCCGGGGACGAGCGCGCGAUGCUGCUGCAGAACUGCCUGUUCCGGAUGGGCGCGUCGGCGGCGCUGCUGUCCACGUCCCGCGCCCACGCGCGGUACCGCCUGGCCCGGGUGGUGCGCACGCACGCGGGGCGCGACGGCCGCGCCUACGGGUGCGUGCAGCAGGAGGACGACGCGGCGGGGGAGCGCGGCAUCGCGCUGUCCAAGGAGGUGAUGUCCGUGGCCGGCGACACGCUGACGGCGCACAUGGCCACGCUGGGGCCCCUGGUGCUCCCGGCGUCGGAGAUCCUGGCGUACGCGCUCUCCUUCGUCGCGCGCCGGGUGUUCAACAGCCAGGGCGUCAAGCCGUACAUCCCCGACUUCCGCACGGCGUUCGAGCACUUCUGCAUCCACGCCGGCGGGCGCGCGGUGAUCGACGAGCUGCAGCGGGGCCUCGGGCUGUCGGACGAGCUGGUGGAGCCGUCGCGCAUGGCGCUGCACAGGUUCGGCAACACGUCGAGCAGCUCGGUGUGGUACGAGCUGGCGUACCUGGAGGCCAAGUGCCGCGUGCGCAAGGGAGACCGCGUGUGGAUGAUCGGGUUUGGGUCAGGGUUCAAGUGCAACAGCGCCGUGUGGGUGUGCCUCCGGCCGCCGGCUCCUUCGGUCAGCGGACCGUGGGACGGCUGCAUGCAUCGUUACCCGGUGGGGUUGCCCGAUCUUCUC